AUGGAGCGUCUGAAGUUAGUCCUGCAGUACUUUCAAUCCAACUCUGAGUCCAUUUCAAAUGGGAUCUGUAUCAUACUGGCCUUGGUCAGUGUCAAGCUGUACACCAGUUUUGACUUCAACUGCCCCUGCCUUCCUCAAUAUAACAAACUCUAUUCUUUGGGGGUGAUGAUCGUCCCGCCCAUAAUACUGUUCUUCCUGGGGGUCCUGGUCAAUCGACAUACAGGUGUCAUGAUGGAUGAGUGGAUGAGACCCAUUGGGGAGCGGUCUAAAAAUCCUGCCGUGGUGAAGUACCUGUUCUCUGCCAUGAUUCAGAGGGCACUGCUGGCACCAAUGGUGUGGAUUCUGGUCACUUUGCUGGAUGGAAAGAUCUUCAUCUGUGCCUUCAGUAUAAGUGUAGACCCUAAACCCUUCACAGGUAUGCCCAACAAUACAGGACUGGAUCUGAUCAGGAUCAUGGCUAAAGUGCCCUGUAAAGAAGACAGCAUCUUCAGGAAUAGCUCUUUCCGCAAAGCAGUUUCUCGUUACAUCCGCUGCUAUUCGCAAGCUGUUGGCUGGUCCAUCCUACUCCUUCUGAUUCUGCUUGGAGCACUGGGACGCCUCAUCAAGCCCUGUUUCGAUGACCACGCCACCUUCCUGCAGACACGCUACUGGAGCAACUACCUUGACGUGGAGCAGAAGCUCUUUGACGAAACCUGUGUCUUGCAUGCCCGCGACUUUGCCCGUAAAUGCGUGGUGCAGUUUUUCGAGGACAUGAGGGAGGACACCAUACUCCGUCUUCCACACCCGCCCAGCAUCAGAUGCUACAGGGAGGAGGAGGAAGAUGAAGAGGAGGAGAGACUUCACGGGAUAACCAAGCAAGAGCAGGUGGAUCAGCUGUUGAACAAGUGGUAUUAUGCUAAGCCAGAGUUAGAUGUCACCAGGAUAGCUUACAGACCCAGGGCAUGCGUUACCUGGGAGGACCAGGACGGGAAGACCCUCUAUUCUGACGUCUAG